UACACUUUCAGCGCCAUCGUGCAUACUGGCCAUCAUCUCAGGCUUCAUCAACCAAGGUUUCGAUGUAAAAUUGUCAAGUUACUCGGGGCGAAUGCAAGUGAUGUUUGCUUUAAUCCUAGGCGUGGUGCUAUAUUCCGCAAUGAAUGCCGUUUUAGUUGCUCAACUGGCUGUUUUUGACAUUCCCUUUCCAUUCAAAUCAUUGGAUGAUAUUGCCAACAAGCGCACACAUUCACUUUGUUUGCGAUCAAAUAGUUUCGUCUACAAUAACUUUACAAACCAAAAUAGAGAAAUACUUCCUCGGUGGCGUGGAAUAUUGAACGGUCGCAACUGCAUGGAUAUAACCUCUCAGGAGAAUCUACCUGCAAUUUUGUGUAACGAGGACUUGGUAAUUUUAGAAAAUCGAGCGGUGAUGGACAUGAUAUUGAAAAAUUAUGAUCUACCGUGUGAGAUAAUGAGCAAUCAAGAAAGAUUAUUUCAGACAGGAAAUUCAUUUUUGAUGUCGAAGAGUUUCAAAUACAAAAAAUUAAUAGACACUACGGUCAUCAAAAUGAGGAGCACUGGGAUUCUUCAGAGAUUGGAAUAUAUUUGGAUACGGAGAGAGAAAUCAGAGAACGUAAAUUUGCCUCAAUCACCCCAAGUCACUUUGGAUCAUGUUAAGGGAAUUCUGGUCAUGUAUUUCGGCAUAAUUUUGAUAAGUCUGCUAGUGUUGACUAUUGAGAUUUUCUACUUUCGAUACACACGAAUUUCGUUGUGAAUAAUAUAGAAGCACGGCACUUACCUGAGAAAAGUUCUAGGAAUUUCUCGACGCCAUAAUUGUUGGGAAAUCUGUAGAGGGGAUCCCUGAGGGCGUCAGUUGUAUGCACUUUAAUUCGU